AUGGCCAUGGUUUCCAAGAUGGUGGCCACAGACAACCAGACCGAAUCAUUGCCCUCUAGCCCAGCACCAGCCGAGGGCUCAUGCAGAUCACAUGAAGUCUCACAGGACCACGAAAUCCAAGAUUUCCUGCAGAACUUACCAUCAAAGGUGGAUCUAGCAAAUAUGUUUGGGAAGCUGGAGACGGCCUUUCAAUCCAAAAUGGACGCGAUGGGCGCAGACGUGCAACAAGUAAGUCUCAGAGUAACCGACCUGGAGGAGGAGAAAGACGUG